AUGGCUGCCAACAGCUUGUCAGCUCGCUUGCAAUUGCCUGUUACAAAAGGAGAUAUACAGUUUCAGAAAGAACUGCCAGAGAAUUUUGAUUUGGAAUGCCCAGUGUGUUUUGAGAUAUUGAUACAAGAGCCCUACCUUUCCGAGUGCUGUGGUAGACACUUCUGUGGAAACUGCUCAAUGAAACUCAGGCCACUAUGGACUGGCAAAUCCUCCAAAAGAAAUAAGUCCUACUCCUGCCCAAUAUGCAAAUCAAUGGGUACCAGAUUUAAUCUAGUGAGGGACAAGAGUCACGACCGUAUACUUGGAGCUCAAGUUAUAUACUGCACAAAUAAGGCUACCAUAAUUAACGAUGAUGACAGUGACAGUGUACCAGGCUGCAAUUGGGAAGGAGAGUUAAGAGACCUGGUGCAACAUCUUGACAAGGACUGCCCUUAUGUGGACGUGACGUGUCCUCACCUUGGAUGUGGGGUUAAAGUGUGUCGUUCUGAUCUUACUAAGCACACUACUGAGGAUUGCAUUGAACGACCUUAUGAUUGCAAAUACUGUGGGCUUAAAGGAACAUUUAACUAUAUUCAUAAUAUGCAUCACUCUGUAUGCCACCUGUAUCCUAUUCGUUGUCCUCUAUACUGUGACACACCAAAUUUCCCUCGCUCUCAAGUUAAUCAUCAUUUAGAGCGUGACUGCCCAUUGUCACCAGUCAAUUGCAUAUACAAGCCAUUAGGGUGCAGUGAAAAGCCAAAGAGAAACAAAUUAGAGACACAUCUCUCUACCCCUCAUCACGGUAUACUAGUUACUGCUUACCAAAGGAUUACCGAUAACUUAAAGAGAUCUCAAGAUGAGUUUAGAGAAAGUUUAGGAUCAUUAGAGAAGAAAUACAACUCUUUGAAAUCUGGACACGAUUCCUUGAAUUUUAUGCAUGAAGAUUUAAAAAGGAGUCAUGCACAAUUAGAGAAAAAUUUUAAAAGGUUGAGUUCUGAUCAUAAGAUACUUUAUAGGAAAUUUAAGAUACUGAAUAGAAUAGUGUAUGUUGUGAUAUUUGUGAUUCUCAUUGCAUUUCUUGGAUUUGUUUUUAUUGCAUGGUUUUAUUGA